AUGUCAUCCACUUUGUCAGACGAGAAAACAGCGCCUUUCCCAGAGGAGCAAGCGGGCCUUGGUCAGCAAGACUUGCCUUUGUCAAAGGACGAACUAGAGCCCGCGCCUGAUGGUGGUCUCAGAGCAUGGCUCGUCGCUCUUGGAGCUGCUUCCAUCUUUUUCUGCUGUCUGGGGUUUUCUAAUUCUUUUGGCACGUUUACGGAGUACUACCUGACUCACCAACUGAGCCACCGAUCUCCUGAUGAUGUGGCCUGGAUUGGUUCCCUAUCUGCAUUUCUGCAAUUCUUUGUAGGAAUGAUUGGAGGUCCUAUGUUUGAUCGCUAUGGUUCAAAGGUUAUCCACCCGGCGGCUGUCAUUUAUAUUUUCGCCGUCAUGAUGUUGAGUCUAUGCAAGACAUACUGGCAAAUCAUGCUCGUGCAAGGUGUUCUCAUGGGCGUUACUAUGGGAUUCCUGCAAUUUCCAGCUAUGGGCAGCUUAUCGCAGUACUUUGACAAAAAGAGAGCUGCUGCUUUCGGUGUGGCGAUAUCUGGCUCCUCUAUCGGCGGCAUCAUUAUGCCUAUUGCCGUGUCCAGGAUGCUCAACAGUACCUCUCUGGGCUUUGGAUGGACAGUGAGGAUUAUAGGUUUUCUAAUGAUACCAUUCAUGGCAUUUUCUGUUGCAGUUCUCAGAGCUCGUCUGCCACCAAGCGCCGCAUCAUUCCUGAUCCCUUCAGCAUUCCUUGAAGCAAGGUUCAAUUUCAUCGUCAUCUCCAUCUUUUUCGUCUUCCUCGGCAUGUUUAUGCCAAUCAUCUUCCUUCCAACAUAUGCCGUGUCACGAGGCAUGGGCGCAACGCUUGCUGGCUACUUACCCGCUAUCCUCAACGCCGCAUCUACGUUUGGCCGUAUUAUCCCGGGAGUGCUGGCGGACAAAUACGGGAGGCUGAAUGUGUAUGCCUUUGGGUCUUUCAUCACCAGUAUCGUCAUUUUCUGUAUGACUUCGACACAUAAUAAUGCUGGAAUCAUUGCAUAUGCUGCGGUUUUUGGCUUUACUUCUGGGACGAUCAUAUCCGGAGCAACGGUGUCCAUCACAGGAUGUGCCAAAGACCCACGCAAUAUCGGUACUUAUACCGGCAUGGGGCUGGCAUUGGGUGCCAUUGGUGCACUGAUCGGGCCUCCCAUCGAUGGUGCCUUUGUGAAACAUUAUGUUGGAUUUUUUGAAGCAGCCAUGUUUAGCGGCGCCAUGUGCCUCUUUGGUGGCAUUGUCGUUCUUAUGGCCAAACUUGCGUCCCCUGAAGGGUUUUUCAGCAGAUCGUGA